UUGUCAAGGUGUUUUCUAAAUAACUAGCGCUCAAAGUUCAAACCAGAGAGAGAGAAAGACAGAGAAAAAGACAGAGAGAUGGAGUUAUAUGACCAUGAUUUCUUAGAGGAAGAGCUACUGGCUCUACAGAAAGAAACACGGAACAAUACUAAUCCAAGUUCAGAAAAAAACCAGCUUUUCUCCAAUGAUUGGAGUUUUGAUCACUGUUAUGAUCAAAACUCUUAUUCUUUUAUUCCAAACCACUCUUCCCUUUGCCAACAAGUUCCUCAAAGUUACUACAAUAAUAGUAGCAGCUACACCUUCAAUGAAAUCUACAGUUCCUUACUUGAUGAAUUCUCUGCACCCCAGAUCAUGGAUUCAUCAUCCUAUAACACCCUCCUUGAGACUCCACUCAACACUCAACCAUUUCUGGCUCAAGAAGAUUACCCUUUGUCAGUGAUGGAAGAUGAGGAUCUGGAUUUGGAAACAACAUGCAAAAUGGAGCCAAACCAAUUCCCUGAAGCAAUACCUGUAUUCAACACUGGUACUUGUUUGGAAAUAAAGAAUAGAGCAAAGAAGCUUGAGGGGCAGCCCUCCAAGAAUCUAAUGGCUGAGAGGAGAAGGAGAAAGAGGUUAAAUGAUAGGCUUUCCAUGCUGAGAUCAAUUGUCCCCAAGAUAAGUAAGAUGGAUAGAACAGCUAUACUUGGAGACACUAUUGAUUACAUGAAAGAACUUCUGGAGAAGAUUAAAAAUUUGAAACAAGAAGUAGAAGUAGAUUCAGACAUGACUAACAUCUUCAAGGAUGCAAAGCUCAAUGAAAUCUUAGUGAGAAAUUCUCCCAAGUUUGAUGUGGACAGGAGGAAUAUCAACACAAGGGUUGAGAUCUCCUGUGCAGGGAAGCCAGGCUUGUUGCUUUCUACAGUGAACACCUUGGAAGCAUUAGGCGUUGAUAUUCAACCAUGCGUUAUUAGCAGUUUCAAUGAUUUCACAAUGCAGGCUUCUUGCUCAGAGGAAUUUGAGCAGAAAACAAUUCUGAGUUCUGAAGAUAUCAAGCAAGCUCUAUUUAGAAAUGCAGGAUAUGGAGGUCAAUGUUUGUGAGCAUUUUUUUUCUUUUUUCUUUUUUGGGGUUGAAGAAACACUGCAAGUAAACUUUAGGUAUAGAUCUUAGCAUUCGGGCUAGCCAACUCUAGCUCAAAAGCUAGGCUGAGUGAUUAUUACUAUAGUUUUUAUAAGAACUAUUUUGAUAAUAUUUUUCGUUAAUGUGAGA